GCCGUAUUCUUCGCGAACGAGUUUCGAAGUGAGGUGCGAAUAUACCGUUUGAAAAUUGUUCUUAUGUCUUCACGUUAUUAGCUUACCAGUGGUUUUUUGUUUCAUGAACUUGAAGUGAGAAGGAGUGGUUAUGUGGAAUGUUGCUUCGAUAAUAGUUAAUUUGUUCGCGAUUACGGUGUAAUUUUUUUUAAAUAGUAAAUUUUCGGUAUGGUUGCUGCAUCGGCACCAAUAAUGUCAAACGAUACGCUGGACAGUAAAUACAAGAUUCGCCUAUGUCACAUUCUAAAAUGCGACGAUUUCGACGGUUACGGAUUCAACCUACACUCGGAGAAAGGUAAACCGGGACAAUAUAUUGGAAAAGUAGACGAAGGAUCCCCGGCUGAAUCAGCAGGAUUAAAAGAAGGCGAUCGUAUUAUCGAAGUCAAUGGUGCCAAUAUAUCGAAUGAAAAUCAUAAACAAGUCGUCCAAAGGAUUAAAAGCGUACCAGAUGAAACUAAGCUAUUAGUCGUAGACAGCGAAGCUGAUAAUUAUUUUAAAUCAAAAAAUAUCAUCAUUAAAAGCAAUCACGAAAGUGUUAUUUACCUACGUAGUACAGCAAGCUCCAAAGUAUCUUAUUUAAAUGGUAAAAAUAAUAACGAUUUGCAAUCGCCUAUAUCUGGCAAAAAUGGAUCGUAUUUCGAUAUAGAGAAUAACGGUGAAAAAACUUCUUCCAAAGGUAGCAGUACUGCUACGACGCCAUCUAGUGAUAGGAAAACCAGCCAAGGCUCAAGCCCCGAACCCCAUCUUGACUUUAAUGAUGAGAUUGGCAGCAAACACGUGAUGGAUAAUCAUAGAAUAAUAGAUAACAAUAAAUUGAAUUUAAAUAUGACGGCCAAAGAAUUACGAGCGCAGUUAGCCUCUCGUAAAAGAUACGAUCCGAAAAAAGACAGUUUAGAUUUCAAGAAGAAAUACGACAUCGUUCAAAAAUUAUGAAAACAACUUCAUCUACUCGUAUUACUUAGAGAAAAUAAAAACGCGAAUAAAUGAAAAAAAUCGAGAAUAUUUACAUGUAAUGUAUUGUAUAAGUUACGAUACCUAUUUAGCUACCUAUUAAAUUAAACAAAAAAUUGUUUUUUCAGUGGUAAAAAUAUUACCUUUCUUAUUACCUAGUGUUCUUUCUUUUUUAAUUGAAUUAAAACAAAUGUGUUAGUAAUUCUAAGUGUAUACUUACUUAAGAACUUUUCCCCCAUUUUAUUAUUCCAUUUUUUUUUUUUUUUUGUGAAACAUUACAGUGUAAUCAAGCUUCUAUAAAAGUGAGAUAAGUAUUGAACUAUGUAAACUUUUUUGUACUUAUAGAAUUGAUUCUAUUCUAGUGAAACAUAAUACUCUUUGUGCUUUUUUUUUCGCGUAUUGUUUUCCUUCGUAGUGUUACAUAAAGUUAUCAGUGAAAUCAAAAUACAGUACAAUAUAAAUGUAAGAGUAAACAUUAUACAGGCACCUUUUCAUUGAUAGGCAUUGAACAAUUUUAUUUACAUCUGCAACAGUUUACAAGUACCUAGCAACCUACCUUUGCGUUUAUAUUAAUUUUAUCUAUCUAUGUAUGUGUCAGGUUUGUUGAAAUUGUAAACAUCCGAGAGCAUUUAUUUCUACAUACAUAAACCUAUGUUAGGUACGUACGUACAUGUUUUCGUGUUUUUGUUUUAUUUAGGCAUUUUAUUUUAUAAAGAAGUUUAUGCAUACCUUUAUCUCUGAGAUUUAAUGUGUAUGUUUUUUGUUUUUUUUUUUAAUUUUCCCGAUGUAGAUUUUAUGUUAUCUAUGUAAGAUAAGUAUCGUAGAUGAGACUUAUGGGGAGGUGAAGAGGAAGUAGUGAAUUCAGAGUAACAUCAAAGGAACUAUUUUCUUAUGAAAAAUAAUUGUUAAAUUCUUUGUACGAGUAAUAAGUAAGUUGGACUUUUUUUUGUUACAUUUUUUAUACUGGUCGUGUAUAUGUAGGUAUAAUUACCAGGAUUUUUACUCCCAGUUUCGAGGGGUUAGUUUGGAUUUAGUUUGAAAGGUUGAUUGAUUUUACAAAAUUACUGGUAACAUUUUUGGUGAAUUACUAGUUGUUUUUGAGAAAUUAAUGGUGAUUUUUGGAAAAUUUGAAAUUACUGGAAAUUUUUAUUAAAUUACUGGUAACUGUUGGUAAGUUACGAGUAAUUUUUGGUAAAUUACCAGUAAUUUUUGGUAAAUUACCAGUAAUUUUUGGUAAAUUACCAGUAAUUUUUGGUAAAUUAUUACCAGUAAUUUUUGGUAAAUUACCAGCAAUUUUUGGUAAAUUACCAGCAAUUUUUGGUAAAUUACCAGCAAUUUUUGGUAAAUUACCAGUAAUUUUUGGAAAAUUGUCAGAAUUUUUGAUAAUAAAUUACUGGAAUUUUCGUCUUGGUGAAUUGCUGCCAUUGCUGGUAAUUUUUUUUUAGUAAAUUACCUACUGGUAUUUCUUUUUUGGUAAAUAACUGUUAAUUUUGUCAGUAAAUUAUUGGAUUUUUAAAAAAAUAAGCUAGUGUUAAUUUUUUAUGAAUUACUGGCAACUUUUUAGUGAAUUAGGUACUUACUAGUAAUAUUUUAUAGGUACCUAAAAUAUGUACUUCGUCUAAAAACCGAAAAUAAAAAAUGACUAAAUCUCUCGACAAAAAUCUCAUCAUCGAUAUUUCCUGCGUAUUGCUAAUUUUACCGAGCGAUUCAGGUGCGAAUUAUUUUUGUAAGUACAUACAAUAAUAUAUUCGAAGAUGAUCACUGUCAUUGCUCUUUCAAGCGAUCACAAAUACCUAUAGAACUAUGCAUCAAGAUAUGCCCAACUAUAAUUCUUGCUAAUUUUUGUAUUCAUUUUUUUUUUUUUUUUUUUCAUACAAAUAGUUGUAAGUUUUUUUGUGUAUGCCGUGUUUUAUGUAUGUAGUAAAUCAUUAAUUUACGUAGAAUGUAAUGUUGGCCGAUUGUUUCGUCGUUAAUUAAAGAGUGUUUUGUUUGGUGGGAAAAUUUCAUUCAUCCAAAUCGCCAACAUUGGUUGACGAUCAUGUUCCUUGGUCCGAACUCGUCGUGUGUUUAUGUUUACCAAAUUUAUUAUACCUACCUAUUUAUUCUUUCUUCUAUUUUUUUUUCUUAGCGUAUCGAUUGAUCAAGCUUACGAUGUUGCAUAAUUAUUUUUAAAAAAUAUACAUUUUUUUGUUCUUUGUUA